AGCUUGCAUUAUUGGCAAUUUGGAAGAACGACCCAGAGAAGUAAAUAACUAUUUACCUACCUAUCUACCUACUUUUUAACUAGAAUACUUACUGUCUUACCAUCUUACUAUCUUAACUAUCUUGACAAGGCAAGAACGAAGGAACUCACUCAUCACUAUCACCACCAUUACCUAGAUAUUUACUACUUUCCCGCCGCUACUACCAUCAAAAACACAAACCAACGUUGAAGCUUCCCAUCUCGCACCACAGAUUCAGAAGCCAUUCUCCAUUGAAUUCACUCUUUUCAAAGUGUACAAGUUGCAGGUCAUCACCAUCGCUUUAAAUAUACAUCCUCUCUUUCCUUCUCCUCAUUUUGCUCGGCUCUGAACCGCCAUCUCUUUUUAGUUUCUUCCUUCCUCUUUACUUUCUUUCCUAUUUGUCUUGUGCACCUGGGAAGGACGUUGGAGAGUCUGUAAGCUGGUUGUACUUGCUGUCUACCGCGACCAUGGAUCCUGUAAGCAAAGAUUCUUGAGUGUUCCCCACUUCCACCCACCCCUCCCAUGAUUUCAAUGUCCCAUAUCUAUUUCACGUAGCAAGCAUUGCCUGCGCCAAAAUGGCUCCUCGUACUGAUUUCUACUUACGCAAACAGUCUUUCGAUCAAGACAUACAAUCACCCGAGAAUAUGAUUGUCGAUCCUGACGAGUAUGUCGACCCAUCGGAUAACGAGAAGGAUGAGAUUGCCAUCAUAGAUCCGGACGAACCAAGGCCAACGCCUGCUGAUGAUUGUACGAGCAAUCAACCAUGGAAGGUUCAGGAUACUGAGCUAACGUGUGCAAAUAGAUGAAGCUAUGACAGAGCUGGUAUUGCCACCAUUAGAUCAACAGCCUCCGAUAUUAGAGACGGUUCACAAUACUUGGGAGAUUAAAAACUGGCAUGGACUUUCCAAAAGGGAACAUGGCCCUAUUUUUGAGGCUGGAGGAUAUCCAUGGUAACCAUCUGGAAUACACAAUGCAAAUGCGCAAUGAUUGCUGAUCAGGUUAGGCGUAUCCUAAUGUUUCCCUAUGGAAAUAAUACCGAUAACGUGUCCUUCUAUUUGGAGCAUGGAUUUGAAGACGGAAAGCCUCCGGACGAUUUUGUAUGUUGCUUACAGUUCGGCCUGGUUUUAUGGAACAAGAAUGAUCCAACACUCUACACCCAUCAUACCGCACACCAUCGAUUUACCAAGGAUGAAGGGGACUGGGGCUUUACACGAUUCCAUGAAACCCGCAAGCUUUUCCACCAUGUAUGGCCCGGCUCUAGUCCUCCAAGGGUUCUGGUUGAGAAUGGAGAAGCAAAUAUAACGGCGUAUGUAAGAGUAGUCGAAGACGAAACUGGCGUUUUAUGGCAUAAUUUCGCCAACUACGAUUCGAAGAAAGAAACUGGAUUUGUUGGGUUGAAAAAUCAAGGAGCGACCUGUUAUUUAAACUCGCUCAUUCAGUCCCUGUAUUUUACUAAUGCCUUUCGAAAGGUGCGUAUUGUGGACUGGCUAAGACAAAAAAAUAUAUAUUAACACCUAAUAGGCAGUAUAUCAAAUUCCGACACAAGACGAGGACACUACGACAAACAGCGCAUAUACUUUACAACGUCUUUUCUAUCAGUUGCAAUCCUCCUCCACGGCCGUGAGUACCAACGAGCUUACCAAGUCCUUUGGCUGGGAUACGAAACAGAUUUUCGAACAGCAAGAUGUCCAAGAGCUCUCUAGGAAAUUGAUGGAGCGCAUGGAAAUAAAGAUGAAGGGAACUGCCGCUGAAAACGUCCUUCCUAAAUUGUUCUGUGGAAAAGUGCGAACGUACAUCUCCUGCAUUAAUGUCGACUACGAAUCUCGCAGAGUGGAAGACUUUUGGGAUGUCCAGUUGAAUGUUAGCGGCAACAAGAACAUCGAAGAGAGUUUCCAAGAUUAUAUUCAGGUCGAGACCAUGGAUGGCGACAACCAGUAUUUUGCAGGUGAAAAUUUCAAACUCCAAGAUGCGAAGAAAGGCGUCAUUUUCGAAUCGUUUCCCGAAGUUCUGCAUUUGCAGCUCAAAAGAUUCGAGUAUGAUAUUGAGAGAGAUUCCAUGAUGAAGGUUAAUGAUCGUUAUGAGUUUCCAGAAACUUUUGAUGCCGCACCAUAUCUAUCGGAUGAUGCCGACAAAUCGGAAUCUUGGGUGUAUAAGUUGCACGGGGUCCUUGUACACAGCGGAGACCUCAAUGCAGGGCAUUACUAUGCAUUCAUCAAGCCGGAAAAAGAUGGAUGGUUUUACAAAUACGAUGAUGACAAAGUAACCAAGGCCACGAUGCGAGAAGUCUUGGAGGAUAAUUAUGGAGGGGAGAUGCCCCUACUGAACGGACAAGUUUUGGACGCUUCGCAAAAACCUAUCAUACGACAUAACAGCGCAUACAUGCUUGUUUAUAUCCGUGAAGCAAGGCUCGAUGAGGUAUUGUUCCCUGUCACCAAUGCCGAUACACCGGCUCAUCUCCGUAAGUUUCUACAUCCUAUCCUGCUUGAAGCCCAACUAAUAUCGAUCAGAAAGAAAACUCGAAGAGGAGGCUGCUUUCAAAGAAGCACGACGGAAGGAACGUGAAGAACAACACCUGUAUCUUACCGUCAGAGUGAUCACCAGUGACACGUACGCAGCUCAUGGUGGGCAUGAUCUCACUAUGUUCGAUCGGAGUCAUGAGGAGGAUCCCGCGGCUGCUAAAUCCUACAAACUCCUCAAAAAGUGCACGAUUAGAGAGCUUAUCAAUGUGAUUGGUCAGGAUACUGGAGUUGACCCAAGAAGGUUACGAGUCUGGUUCAUGGUCAAUCGCCAAAACAAAACGACAAGACCGGACACGCCUGUUAUGGACUUCAAUCAAACCAUUGAGGAUGCGCAUUUGAAAUUAGCCGGUAGUAAAACACAAGAGUUACGACUGUGGGCCGAAACAGCAGAAACGGUCGACUCCAACGGUGAUGCAGUGUGGCCAACGUAUCAGUUGGCAAAAGAAGGAUCGUCCCCUAACAGAUCCGAUGAAAUUGUCAUAUUUCUUAAAUGGUUCAAUGUUGAUACCCAGUGUCUAGUUGGGUGCGGUCACAUUUAUAUCAGUAAUCAAAAGAGAGUUGAAGAAUUAGCUCCGUUCAUUUUAAGACGCAUGGGAUGGCCCGAGGAUACCAAACUGAAACUAUACGAGGUAAGAUUCGUGGUACUGAACAUUUUAUCAUCUGUUCCUGACAUGGCAAUAGGAGAUAAAACCUGACAUGAUUGAACCCAUGAAAGCGAAACAAUCACUCAAGGCAGCAGAACUCCAGGAUGGCGAUAUCGUUUGCUUCCAAAAAGCUUUGGAAAAGGGUUCUGAAGGCGGAACCGGCCGAGGUGCAAGCCCUGAGUGAGUCUCUUGAUCGAUAUAUAUGAAAUGGCAUAUGAAAGCUAACUGCAGCGGUAGCAGCGAUGUCUCAAAAUCAACCACCUCCAUAAGCUAUUCCUCGGAGACCCCCUCUAACGGCUCGGUUCCACGCUACCAGCCUGUUAAAACAUCUGAUAUCAUAGAAGAUGCCCGACAGUACUACGAUUUCCUGCGUCAUAGAAGGCUCAUUACAUUCCACUGCCAUCCGACUAGAGGCAGCAAAGAAUUUAAUUCCGAAAAUUGCGAGUCAUUCACCCUAGUACUCAGUGCAAAGCAUACUUAUGACCAGGUGGCCGCUAAAGUAGGAGAGAAGCUGGAUGUUGACCCGAAUUAUAUCAGAUUCUGGACCAUCGCUCAAAAUACAGGCAAUCCUAAAACAGCGAUCAGGCGCAUGUCAAACCAAACUUUACUCAACAUGGUCAGCACUAGUUACGCUACGUUUGCUGGUGCUACUAUAAGAGCAGACGCUUUAUAUUUCGAGGUUCUUGAUAUUAGUCUGGCCGAGUUAGAUACCAAGAAAUCAAUGAAGGUUAGCUGGAUCAGCGAAGGUGUCACAAAAGAGGUAAGCGUAUUGAGACAAUUGUUUUCACUUUUUGCAGGUAUUAAUUGAUUGCAGGAACAACUUGACAUACUUGUGCCUAAAACUGGAACUGUGGAUGACAUAGUUUCAUCCGUGAUCAAGAAAGCCCAACUGGAGGAUGAAGAAAAGGGUGGUCCGAUCCGAGUAUACGAAGUCCACAGCAACAAGAUUCACAAAGAGCUUCCUCGUGGUUAUCCAGUCAAGGAUAUCACGGAGUACAUACACAUUAUGCUGGAGCGAAUACCGGAAGAGGAAUUAGCGCAACCUAACGGAACUCAAUAUAUCUAUGCAUUUCACUUUCAGGGCGAGCCGAAUAAAGUGCAUUCCAUUCCAUUCAAAUUCCUCAUCGUUCAAGUAAGCCUUUUCUCUACUUGAUAAGGUGUGUUACAACUGACAACCAUCAGGAUGAAAUAUUUUCCGACACUAAAAAGCGAUUGGAAAAACGGACGGGGAUAAAGGGCAAAAACCUCGAUAAGAUAAAAUUUGCUGUCGUGAAGAGGAGCUCUUACACAAAACCUACAUAUUUAAAUGAUGGUAAGUUGUGACCCAUAAGAGACUUAUAUCACCGUACUAAGCAUCUCACAGACGAUACAUUAUGGGAUAUGCUUCGGGAUGACGAUGAUCAGCUCGGCCUAGAUCACAUUGACAAAAUUCGAAACGCAAGGACUGGCAUGGGAGACUUAUUUUUGAAGUAGAUUUUGGCAUUGCUUAUGAGAGGUUUUCUGCAUGGCGCUAUCGGUUGGUGGGAAAAUAGGCAAUGGUCUUAUGUAGACAAUGGGGCAUGGUAGGAAAGUCAAUUUCUUCUAUGCAACAUAAUCAGUCGCCAAAGAACUUCAUUUUAGCGAUUAGAUGAUCGAGGACGAUGGGAAGACCAUGGUACCUUUGAUGCAAAUAUUCUUCUAGUAUGACGUUAGCUACUUUGUAACCUAAAUAAUGAGCGUCCAGAUGCGUAUUCCACUGAAAUCUUCCAAAUCAGCCU